CAACGCCCACUAACAGCACGCACCACACCGGCCACUACCACAUGACCCAGCCACUAACAAGCUAACUACAUCCACGCCCACGCACAGCAUGCAUUGACUAACGGCCACACAACCCAUACCGUGCGUGCGUGCAUGCAGCUGUUUGUUGCCAGCUCCCGUGGACGGCUAGGCCAAGACCAACCGGCCGUGAUCAAGAUUAUUGCUUAGACCCUCCUCCAACCACUCCUCCACAACCUCCGGCUCCAAUCACUCACCCCGCCCAGCCGCCCCUAGCGCCACCGCCGUACAACUCAUCAACAUCCGCAGCCAUGUCCCCAUCACCCUUACCUUCGAAGAGUCAAACUUCUCGAUCUGGCAAACCUUCUUCAACCUCACCUUCCGCAAGCUUGGUCUUCUCGAUCAUGUUGAUGGAUCGAUUGAUGCUCUCAUGAUGUUCGGCGACGUCGAGUGGACCCAGAUCGAUCAGUGUAUCGUGUCUUGGCUCUACACCACCGUCUCCAACGACAUCCUGCACAUCAUCAUCAAGCCCUCCGACACGGCCGCGAAUGCAUGGACGGUCAUCGCCGAGCUCUUCCUCGACAACCGUCUACAGCGUGCUAUCUUCGCCAAGCGGGAGUUCCACAACAUCGUCCAAGGCGACCUGUCCGUCACCGCCUUCUGUAGCCGCCUCAAGUGCCUCUCCGACACUCUUCGCGACGUCGGCUCACCGGUCUCCGAUCAGGACAUGCUGCUCGCUCUCAUCAACGGGCUGAACGACGACUUCGGCCAUUGCAUCGCGGCGCUCACCAUCAACCCCGCUGGCCUCACCUUUGCGCGCGCCCGUGGUGCCCUUCUCCAGGAGGAACGCCGCCUCUCCCGCGGCGGUCAUCGCGCCCAGCUGACGGCUCUCAUGGCCGGUCACUCCCGGCCGCCGGCUACCGCUCCGAGCCUGCGUCCCGUCGCCCCUGUUGCUCCCUCCUCUGGUGGUGGUCGCACCCGCGACAAGAAGAAGAAGUAGGCCGCCUCUCUUGCUGGCCCUCGCAGCACGGCCGCUCCUACUCCUGAUGCUCGCAGCACUCCGGCGUGGCCUCUCGGAGGCUACCCGCUGUCGGGCAUGUUCGCGGCGUGGCCACCCAACUGGCGCGCGCCUGGUGCCGGCCUGCUCGGGCCUCGCCCUGGAGCCUCGUCACCGCACGCCUAUGCGGCCCAACUCGGGCAGGCGGCCCCGCUAGGGUUCGGGCAGAUGGCCCCGGCCGCUCCUGCCUACAGCCCCGUCUACCCCUACGGUUCCAUCUUCCCCAGCUAUGCGCCACUCCCGCCUCAUCAUCAACCCCCGGCAUGGGACCAGACGCAGCUUCACGCCGCCCUCAACGAUCUCUCCAUCCACGGCGGCGGCAGCGGGAAUGACUGGUUCCUUGACACCGGUGCUACCUCACAUAUGGCGAACAAUCCCGGAUCUUCUCACACGACGAGUGAUUCUGCGAUGUGACAGCCCGGACGACCUUUAUCCGCUCGUGUCCGGACCUCAAGCUCUUCUCGCCGAAAUCUCCGAUCUUUGGCACCAACGGCUUGGACAUCCGGGACACGCUGCUCUCUCCAAAACAUUGUCAUCUUUUGAGUUUUCUUGUAAUAAAGCCAUGUCUACAACAUGUCAUGCUUGUCGUUUGGGCAAGCACGUUAGGUUACCUUUCAAACAAUCAGAUUCUCAGGCUAGUUUCCCUUUUGCUCUUAUGCACUGCGAUGUAUGGACAUCUCCCAUAAAAAGUGU